AUGGAGCCCGAGAGCAAGGCAGCGCCUCAAGGAUCCGGAGCUUCCGAAGGCUGCUUCAGCAGAUUGCGGCGGAAGUUGACCGAACCGCAUGGCCAUUCUGGCCACUCUUUGUUCAGAAAAUUCCGCUUCGCGCUGUCGCUUUUUAGCUUGUUCCACAUUUUGGCCAUCAUUGGCUCGGCUAAAGAUGUCUAUCUGGAGAAGUUCGGAGCAGAUGCGACCAUCAUGGGCCUGCUUUUCUCUGUAAUCUCCUUCUGGAGUCCGUUCACGGAGUGCGUCGUCGGCCAUCUCCAGGACCGAGAAGUGCUAAGGCGCUGUUUCCCGGUGCGACGCUGGGGACGCCGGGCUCCGUUUUUGGCAACGCAUUGCGUGAUAGCUGCUGUGGCUGCCAGCGCUGUGUACAUGCCGCCUAGUAAUGCGACCGGUCCUCUGGAGGUCUGGUUCGUACUUGUGCUCAUGUUGUCUUAUUGGGGUGCUUCUUCCUGUGUCAUCGCCUUCGAAGCUGCGCGUCAGGAGAUUUACCCCUUCAAGGAGGAGCGCAUUGUUGUGGAAGGCCUAUGCAAGUACACGAUGAUGAUGGGUGGUGGUUGUGGAGCCAUUCCGGUCUUGGUGCUGAUGGCGGACGCUUCAAUGCUACACCGCUUGCUGUUCAUGUUCUAUAUUCUUCUGUUUGGCUUGGUCAGUUUGGAGGCAGUUCCGAUCUUCCGGGAUGCUGUGGCAGCUCCAUCGCCAGAAUUGCCAUCAGAGGUGCAAGAUGUUCAAAGCGCUACUGGCGAAGUCGGCAGCGUCUUUCAGAUCCUUCGGGAGGUAAUGCCCCGCAUCGGGUGUUGCAGAAGAAAGGACCACCGGCCGCCGAACAUGGCGUUUCGGCAUUUGAUGGCAGUGAAGUUCUGGAAUGGAGCCUAUGGGGCAUCGAUUGGCUCCACGUUAUUUUACUAUGUUACGUAUGUACUACGGCUGGGCGGAUGGGAGCGCAUGCAGGUCAUCGUUGGUGGUGGGCUGAUUGCCGGUCUGACGGAGAUUAGCCUCAACUGGAUCUACAUGCGAAUCUUCAGUGCCGGAGACUCCAGGCUCGACAUGACCGGGAAGACGGAUCGCAGGUUGCUACGAUAUGUGGUGUUUUCCCGCUUCUGCAAUGCCGUCGCGACGUUCGGCAUCAUUGGAUGGGCCGAACCUUCGAUUUUUAUGGUGUUCUUGUGGGCUGUCACAACUCGAUUUGGUUUGGCCAGCUUCUCGUUCUGGCGGGUUUCAGCUCAGUGCUGGCUUGUCGACGAGGAUUGCAUCUUUGGCGAGGUGCCAGGACGACGGCGGCAAGGCGUCAUUUUUGGCGCGCUGGCCAUGACGCAGAACUUUGCAGGUGCGAUUUUCUCAUCACUGACCUUUCUGGGCCUGGGGCUCGCGGGGCUGGAGACGGUGAACUGUGAGGCACAGUGCAAGCACCUUUCCACCAAGCAGAUCGUUGACUCUACCGGCGCUGUCGGUGAAUGCAUCGACACGUGCUUCCUUGGCGUUAUCGCAAUGCAGCCUGAGAGCUUGCGUUGGUAUGUCCGCGCGGUGAUCGGGUUUUGGGCACCUUUGUGCGAGCUCUUCGUCGCCUUCCAUGCUUGGAAGUUUCCAAUCAAGGGCGCCAGGCUGCGCCGGCUUUACGCAGGCAUCAGCCAAAGUCGGGGCGAGGAGAUCAACCUGACACUGGAAGACUCGGGAACGCCCCACACAGGAAAGUCGAAGAUCGUCCUCAGCGUGGAGGCCACCAAGAGCAGCAACUCUAACAAGAUGCGGCGGCAGAACACCGACGGAGAAGGUCUUCUCUGGAGGCUGGCGCACACAACGGCACUGGUGGACUCCUGGCCUGGUGCGAAGUCCUUGUCCGUCCUCUUUGACAUCAACGAGGCGGCGCCCCUGGACACCCGCCGGAGUCAUCGGUCCACGGCUCAUUCCACAAUCGAUGAGACCGGCGAAAACUCCAAGCAGGUCUCUGACUGGGCGGAGAUUAUCCCAUCCACCCGAAUUAGCUUGUAG